AUGGCUCCUUAUCUCGAUCCCCUCAACCAAGCUUUUGCCGACGCAUUUGCGAAGCAACCGCCCAUUGAAGACUUAUCACCUCCGGAGUUCCGUGUGACAUUUGAAGAGCUGCAGCAUCACGACAAGACUAUUUCAGGUGUAACUCGCACAAGCUUCACGGUACCUUUUGAGUCUGGUGCCGAGGUAUUCGUGUUCAGAAAAGACAGUAUGAAGCGAGUAGACUCGUUGCCUGUCGUAUUGUUUUUACACGGCGGGGCAUUUAUUGUUGGAAGGUACGCAUAUAUCAGGGCUGGAGACUUGGUUACAACUGCUAACGUGAGCGUGUGUAGUGUGACUUCGUACGAUAGCAUAUGCCGCGACCUAGCACUGCAGACAGGCUACGCAAUCGUCUUCGUGGAAUACGCCCUGGCACCCGAAGCAAGAUGGCCCACGCAGCAGGAGCAAUGCUACGCUGUAUUGAAAUGGAUCACGCAAAAUGGAGCGAAGAAAGGCUUGUCGCAAGACAAAUUCGCAGUCGUCGGUGACAGCGCCGGAGGCCAACUCGCAAUCGCAACCUCCAUCCUCGCAUCAACCCGCACCCCAAAGAUCCCCAUAUCCCACCAAUCCCUCCUCCACCCCUGCACCGACACACGUAUUUCCGACAGGCAGACCCUCAGCGAAUUCGAAUUCUUCGCCGGUCCCUUACUUACCGUGCCAUUCAACAAGAAAUCAUUCGCUAUCUACAUUCCCAACGCCGACGAUCGCGACUCUGAACUCGCUACGCCCCUGAACAUCUCCGCCGCGCAUGCGAAGCUGCAGCCACCCACGCUCAUCAUUAACUCUGCGGUCGACUUGCUGAGAAGUGAGGGCGAGGCUUAUGGAGAGAUUUUGCAGCGCGCUGGGGUGGAUUGUGCAUGA